CCCAUCGGCUCUCGAACCGUUCCCUCUCUCUCCUCCCCUUCCCCUCCCCCAACACCACCACACACCCACAACCCCCCCCCGCGUACAAAUCAACCAAUUCCCCACCCCUCACCACCAAACCCCACCAUCCCCUCCCUCAUGACAACCGCCCUCUCCUCUUCCACCUCCUCCUGGCCCCCUCUCCCCUCCCCAAACCCUAACAAUUUCUCCACCUCCCUAAUCCCCUCCCACAUGUCCAACCCCCACCCCCCCUCCUCCUCCUCCCACCCGUCCUUCUCCGAUUUUACCGAGACCGACCACCCAUCCGUCUCCGAUUUCACCGACACCGACUCCGAGCCACCGCACCAAUCGCCCUCCGUCAUCUCUGACGACGCCUCCGCUAUCUCCUUCUUCUCCGACGCUCCCGCCUCCACCACCAACCCCAACCCUAACGACGACCUCGCCCGAUCCCUCUCCCCGCCCCCCGCCCUCCUCCACCUCUCCUUCAACCAGGACUCCGGCUGCUUUGCUGCCGGCACCGACCGCGGCUUCCGCAUUUACAACUGCGACCCCUUCCGAGAGAUUUUCCGGCGGGAGUUUGACAACAACGGCGGCGGCAUCAGCGUUGUUCAGAUGCUCUUCCGGUGUAACAUUCUGGCGUUGGUUGGCGGCGGGCCCGAGCCGCAGUACCCCUUGAAUAAGGUGAUGAUUUGGGACGAUCAUCAGGGGAGGUGCAUCGGAGAGCUUUCCUUUCGGUCCGAGGUUAUGUCUGUUCGGCUUAGGCGGGACAGGAUUGUGGUGGUUUUGGCGCAGAAGAUUUUUGUUUACAAUUUUUCAGACUUGAAGUUGCUUCAUCAGAUUGAGACAAUCGCAAAUCCCAAGGGGCUUUGCGAGCUUUCGCAUCAGUCAUCUUCGAUGGUGCUGGUUUGCCCGGGGUUGCAGAAGGGGCAGGUUAGGGUUGAGCAUUACGCUUCCAAGCGAACCAAGUUUAUUAUGGCUCAUGAUUCAAGGAUUGUUUGCUGUGCUCUAACUCAUGAUGGCCGGUUUCUUGCUACAACGAGUAGUAAGGGGACGUUAGUUCGUGUUUUCAAUACUUUGGAUGGGUCAUUGCUUCAGGAGGUAAGAAGAGGUGCAGACAGAGCUGAGAUCUACAGUCUUGCGUUCUCUUCAACUGCACAAUGGCUGGCUGUUUCAAGUGACAAGGGAACUGUCCAUGUCUUCAGCCUCAAGGUUGAUUCAGGAUCUUUAGGGAUUGAAAGAUCACGGAGCGCGCCUGAAUCAAGUCUGUCAAAUCCGCCUGCUCUUUCAUCUCUUUCCUUUAUUAAAGGUGUGCUGCCAAAAUAUUUCAGCUCAGAGUGGUCAGUGGCUCAAUUCCGCUUGCAGGAAGGUUCUCAAUACAUUGUCGCCUUUGGCCACGAAAAGGACACCGUAGUGAUACUCGGCAUGGAUGGGAGCUUCUAUCGUUGUCAAUUCAACCCAGUGUCUGGAGGGGAGAUGACUCAGCUAGAACAUCAUAAUUUCUUGAAGCCUGAAGAAACAUUCUAAAAAAAGCAAGGUCGAAGUCUUUUCUCUUCUAUAGACUUCUCUUCUAUUCUCUGUUUUUAUGCUUAUUUUAUUUUAUUUUUUAUUGUGGUGAUGCUGUAUUGUUUCGAUAUUUAUGAUGAGAUGGAAUAAGUUGUAAAUAUGUACAAGUAGAUGGAAAUGAGAGAAAAGAGUUCACAUUUAAUUUGGUUGUAUAUAUAGAUGACAAGUACCUUUGUAUAAUGUAUAUCUUAGACAAUAGCAGUUGUGCAGUUCCUUGCCUUCA